GAUCUCGCGAGAGAAAGACAUUGCUUGCAUAUAAAUACAGCUGGCGAGCGAAUUAAGUAUUACUAAGGACGUUUGAGAUACAUUUUGAGUUAGUCUACGAGUACCAGCGGAACUGUAUUCUAGUUACUAGUCACUCAUUUCGCAGGUAAAGCCAUGGACAUGGUGGUAGUUGAACCGCAACAGAAUGUUGUAGCCAGGGUGGCCAACCUUCCUCUGGUGAGCUCAACCUAUGACAUGGUCUCCACUGUGUACUGCAACACCAAGGAGAACCACCCCUAUAUAAAGUCGGUGUGCGAGGUGGCAGAGAAAAGUGUGAAGACCAUCACUUCAGUGGCCCUAACCAGCGCCAUGCCCAUCAUCCAAAAGCUGGAGCCCCAAAUUGCAAUUGCAAACUCGUUUGCCUGCAGAAGUCUGGAUAAGAUAGAAGAGAAAUUGCCAAUUCUUCACCAGCCCUCUGAAAAGAUUGUUGCUCAUGCCAAAGAUGCCGUGACUGGUGCAAAAGAUGCAGUGACAACAACCGUGACUGGCGCCAAGGAGACGGUGUCUUUCACUAUCACCGGGGUGGUAGAUAAGACCAAAGGAGCCGUUCAAGAGAGUGUGGAGAUGACCAAGGCGGUUGUGAGCGGCAGUGUGAAUACUGUUAUGGGCAGCCGUGUAGUGAAGAUGGUGAGCACUGGAGUUGACACGGCGCUGAGCAAGUCUGAGUCCCUGGUGGAUAUGUAUCUCCCCCUGACUGAGGAAGAACUGGCUACGGAGGCCAAAAAUAUAGAUGGGUUUGAAGUUGCAGCCAAUAAGCCAAGCUAUUAUAUAAGGUUGGGAUCGGUUUCAACCAAGCUACGCAAGCGGGCUUACCAUCAGGCCCUUGCCAAAGUACGGGAUGCAAAGCAGCGGAGUCAGGAGGCCAUUUCGGAGCUUCACCACACUGUGGAUUUGAUUGAAUAUGCAAGACAAAACAUGGACAGUGCCAAUCAGAAGUUUCACAAUGCCCAGGAUAAGCUGCAGCAGUCUUGGCUGGAAUGGAGGAAAAAGACAGGAUGCAGUGACGAGGUUCAAAAUGCUGAGCACAUUGAAUCUCGCACUCUUGCCAUAACCCGUGGACUCACACACCAGCUCCAGACGACUUGCCUUACCCUAGUCUCCAGCAUCCAGGGCUUGCCUCAGAACAUCCAGGACCAGGCUAACUCCCUCGCAAGCUCUGCAACCGAUGUCUACCAGAACUUCAGCUCCGUCUCUUCAUUCCGCGAGGUCUCUGACACAGUCCUCGCCAGCAGCAAAGGGCAACUUGCCAAAAUGAAGGAUUCUCUGGAUGGUGUGAUGGAUUACCUGGUCAACAACACCCCUCUCAACUGGCUGGUAGGUCCCUUUUACCCAAGGCUGGCUGCUGAAUCCCAGCCACCUGAGCAAAAUGGGGAAGAGAAGAAAAAGUCCAAACGGGAGGAAUAGGGGCCCAAGAUCUCGAUGUACACAAGUCAUUUGGUAUAUCUGGAAUUCUAUAUCCAAUCAAAGCUGGGACAUUCGCUUUAAUAAAUAUUUGCUAUCUUCCAUACAGCAGUGCUUUUUUAAAUGGUUUAAACCUCGUACAUUAAAAUAUUAAUCCCAUUUAGAUCUUGGAGCAUCGCAGUAAUAACCAGGAAUUUGUACUGUCUUAAACUAUCUAACUAACCCUGAUAUGAUCACAUCUACUUGUUUUGAUGAUGCGAAUCAUGACGUUCUCAUGUAAUGAUGCCCUUUGGUGAAUAUUUGUGCCUAAGAGCACACAUUCAUUUAAAGUGGACUUGUUUUAAUGUUGUGUCAUCAGGCUUCAAUGAUAACCAUUAUGUACAUCACUUAUGAGCACUUCUUGGUACAUAUUUAGCUACACAGCAUACAGCAAUUUGAAAACCAGUUGGUUUCAGGAUCAUUAAGGCUUCUGAUCCCAAUGUCUGUUUGUGCGUUUUUUGUAUUGGCAAUGGAUAGCUGCUGUCUACCCCAAUUGUGCUUGAGUUCUCCCCUGUGCCUUUUGGAAAGUGAGAUAGAAAAGGAAAAACCUGAUGUUUGGCAAUUUGUUAUAAAAUUCAAAUUGAGACCUGACAAUUCUUUGCCAAAAGGAUGUGUUUUUUUUUUUUUUUAAGCUGCUUUUGCUACCGCGUUGAAUAUGUAUUUCAUAAUUAACUUUGUACACAUUUAUUAAUAAAUUAAUAAGCAUCCA